AUGAAAGCGGGCAAGUUGCAGAGCCAGAAUAUCGUGAUAAAUGCUACAGACACUCCAGGGCUGUUCCAUGUCCCAGGGGGUUAUAGCGCGCUAUUGCAAGAAAAACAAGAACUGGAGUACAAGCCAAGAGUCAGGAAUGCGGACUCGCAGUAA